AUGAAACUUGUUUUCUCGCACUUAAUUGAAGACAGUGGAGAUUGGACUUUGAGCAAAAACCAAAACUAUGCAAGAAUGGCAGAAACUGGACCAAAUAGGGAAGCUCGCAAAAUUCCAAAGAUGAAAUUAAUUACACAAUGCUUACACGACUCAGACAUGUCUUGCCUUUCACUUCAAUCCUCAAAACGUUUGAACCAGUCACUAAUAGUUCUGGCAAGGAUCUUGGUAUCAUUCAAAGACAGAGAUUUAAGCCCUUGA